AUUUCGUAUAGUUCAGUCAGUUGUCUCGACAGCGUUGACUCGUGCGGGUGUUUUUAUUCUCAAUUUUUGUCCCCCCUUCUUCAUAUUUCUUUCACGUCUCGAAAAAUUUCGCGAACGUCCCACACUAAUAAAGUCUCGUUUUUCUCUCUCAUAUGUGUUAUAAUAAAAAAGAAGAUUAAAAAAAAAAAAAAAAAAACAGAAACGAAUGGAAACAAGGACGUUUUUUUUUGCAAAUAAAAAAAAAGGAUAAGACAACAGUUUAAAUUUUCGUAAAAAUUGUAUAGCAGACGAUUUUUUCACAUAUAUAUACAAACGGGCAUUAUCAUCCAAUUAAACAAUAAGCAUUCGUGAAAAAAAAAAUCUCGGUAAUAAUAAUAAUUAUUAUUAUACCGGAGACAUCGACUUUGACUGGCCUUCAACCAGGGACAGUGACUUUCCACCUGUAAUAUUAUGCGCUCGCACGCAGUAGUUCCCAUCGCGUUAUUAUCGUUACGCGUUUGUCGUUGGACUCCACGAAUGAUGUGGCAAUGGCGCUCAAGCGAUGGAGUCGUCGUCGUCGUUGCUUCUACUACUACUAAUACCACUCGACUUGACUGUUCAUCGUUACCAUUUCUAACUAAAUUUUCCCAUUUAUAGUGCCUUUAUUUAUUACUUUUCCCUUGACAAGUGCCACAUUGGGAUUAAGAGAACAGUGCUUUGAAAAAAAAGAGAAAAAAAAAAAAAAAAACAAGAGAGCUCUCAAUGUGAGACCACCAGGUUAGCGGAAGCCCAAGUGUGUGUGCCCUCCCCCCCUCCUUUCCUUGAGAACGAUGCACCAAUCGUCCUCCAGGACAAAUAAUAAAUUUUAAAAGUGAAAUAAAAAAAAAAGGAUUUUAAGUGAUUUGGAUAUUUCAAGUGUUUGUUUUUUUUUCACACGAAAAAUGUUUUGUCUGUGUGUGUCAAAUUAUUCGCGUAGUGUCUGCUGUUGCCUCGACUACUGAGGGCCACAGUCAGUGUUAGGUUAGGUUUGGCCGCAAAAGGCGCAUACAUAUUUAUUAUAUAUAUAUAUGUACACAUAAAAACGCUCGCGCGCACACACAUAUAUAUAUAUACACACACAGGCGUCACCGCCCGGCUCCUCGCGGAUUUCUCAAGAGAGGAGGCGACCGCGAGGGGAUUUCUCAACCGUCGAGACGAACCGGGUUUCUUCUAUAUAAAAGAGUGAACGAGAAGAGGGUUUUAUAUACAGGUGAAAAAAAAGAAAAUAAAAUUUAAAAAAAAAAAAACCGAGAUACGGGAAAGAAGCACGCGAACGAAUACACACCAAGGCGAAUGCCGAUCGCCGCUGGAAUUCUUGCCACUGGAACUGCGGCUCAUUGCCUGUCCUCCGCCGCUGGCAUGUUUCGCUUCCUCGCUAAACUUACAGGGAGGCGGCGGCACGUGCGUCGGAGUUGUGGGCCAGGUGCAGCUGACGGACGACCGGCGGCGGCGACAGAAGCUGCAGCGGUAGCAGCAUCACGAGAAACUAAGGAAGCUGCUGGUGAGCUUCAUUCGGAAACGAACAACAUUUCGGGCCUCAUUCCACGCUGCACUGAUAUUGACGAGGUGGAUAUUAAUAUAAGAAGUGUGGAGUUUGGGCUCUGGGAGCAGAGGAGACUUGAGGAGAGUCGACAAAGGAUUACGGCUGACAAUGAUGACAACGACGACACGUGUCAUCGGGAAAAUGGAGAAUCCUACCUCUACCAUCAUCAUCCUGCCCAGGAACGACACCUCCACCAUCAUCAUCAUCAUUAUCAUCAGCACCACCAUCAUUUCCCUCAUACGUCACAUCAAAGGCAAUUGGACGAUAAGAGAAGGAGUAGAAUAUCGAGGACAACCACUAUUACGACAAGUGAUGAAACUUGUAGGAGUAAUAGUCAUUUUAGUAGUGAAUUGUCGACGAGACAAAAUUCUGAAUCACGGCUGCCCACCCUCAAUUCGGAGGAUGAAAUUAUUUCCCCAAGUCCAAAUGUCAACGUCCCUUCCGUUACUGCCAUGACGAGAGGAUACAGGUUUCCGCCGUAUCUCGCCACACUGCUCAUCCUUUCUUACACGUUCUUCGGUAUGGCAGACGCGUGUUCGUCGCGGUCAACGCCGAAACCGCGGCCGCCGACGGUGACGCAACGGCCCAACAUCACAUUCCAAAUGUACACAUGCCCACCGGAUUAUGCACAGUGGUACUGUUUAAAUGGGGCCACAUGCUUUACCGUGAAAAUCGUUGACUCUCUUCUCUACAAUUGCCUAUGUGCUAAUGGGUUUAUUGGUCAGAGAUGCGAAUUUAAAGAUUUAGAUGGUUCCUAUUUACCCUCGCGGCAACGAGUUAUGCUAGAAACUGCCAGCAUCGCUGGUGGUGCCACGAUAGCAGUAUUCCUCGUCGUUAUCAUUUGCAUAGCGGCUUACAUUCAUUGUAAACGGAAGCAAAAGGAAUUACGUUCGAGUAGCAGUGUCGAUACGGUGGAUGGUCCUGUUCGAGUGAGGCCGUUCAGCCAUCAGAGUCACUCCCUUAUGAUCAUCAUGGCCAAGGACCACAACAACUCGUCGAUAGAGCAGACGCGAAUGGUUGGUUGGAAUAAUCCGCAACCGGAAUCGACGAGGAUGUCAUCGAUCAGCGAAGGAAAGCGUUCGAGUCAAUAGCCCGCAGUCGACGAAUACGAAACGAGUUGAAGAAGAGAAAACCAGUGACGACCAAGAGAGUAAGAGAGAAAAGAGAGAUACGCGUUUGUUCAAGUGUCUCCAGGAUUCCGUUGAUCAUCAUUAUAAAAAAAAAAAGGAAGAGAGAAGGCGUCCAUAAAUUUUUUUUCUCCACAAAACACUUUUUUUUAAAUAGAAAAACAAAAAUUGUUUCUUUCUUUCGCUCUUUUUUUUUCUAAAAGAUAUAAAAUAUUUCCUCUCUGCUUUAUUUAGAAAAUUUCCCUUUUAUUUGGUAUAAAAAAGUUUUUUCUUUUUUUUAAUAGAAAAAAAUUUUCACUUUUUUCUACUUUAUAAAUAACAGUUUUUUUUUGGUAGAAAAUGAAAUUAUUUUUGCAAAGUAAUUUCUAUAAUUGUGAAAUUAUUAAUAGAAAGAAAAAAAUUUAAUAAAAAAAAAAAAAAAGAGAGAGAAAGAAAGUGACAAGGUACAGAUACAAUGGACUACGAAAAGUAUUAUGCGACGAUGAACGCCCGAUUAAUGAAAAAAAGAAAAAACAUCUUAGAAAAGCGAAAGAAUUCGGAAUUAUUUUUUUUUUUUUCGUCAAAAAGAAAUAGGAAUUUUGAGAAAUUUUUUUGUAUUAAAAUAGUAAAAGGAAAAUGAAUUUUUUUUUGAGAAAGAAAUGAAUUUCUUGAAAGAAACAAAAAAAUUUUUAAUUCUUUAAGGAAAAUAAAGAAUUUCUUAAAGAAAACAAAGAAUUUCUGAGGUAAAAUAAAAAAUUUCUUAAAGGUAACAAAAAAAGUUCCAAAAAUAAAAAUUAAAAUCAAUAAAUAAAAUUCCUAAAAAAAGGGAUUUUUUUUCAAAAAGAAGAAUUUGUUUUUACUAGAAACAUAAACUCGAAAAAAAAAAAAUUUUUCUCGAGCAAAAAAUAUGUUUUGAAAAAAAAGCAACAAAAUUGUUUCAAACAAAUAAUUCUUCAAAAAAAAAAUUACAGUUUAUGGAAAAAUUUCUUUAAAAAAAAUUCUUAAAAGAAUUUUUAAAAGAAAAAUUUAUUAAGGAAAAAAAUUUCUCAAAAGCUAAAAUUUUUCUCUAAUAGAACAUUUUUUUAGGAAGCAAAUAAAGUCAAAAUUUUUAUAAAUCAAAUUUUCCUUGUAAAAGAGAAAUUAAAAUUUAAUUUUCGAAUUUUUUCGAAAAAUCAAUAAUUAUAAAGAAGAAGAAGAAGCUUCUGCAUAAACUAAUGUAUUUUUUUAAAUAAAAAUUUUGUCCAAUGAGACUUUUUUUUGGUGACGAAAAAAUAAUUGUCUCAUUCACUUGUUGCCUUAACAAAAGCUUCUUCUUCGUUUCGCUUCUCUUCUUUCGUAAAAAAAAAAAAAAAGUAACAUUCCCGGAGCAUUUUUUUUUUUGUAAUUUAGUUUUUUCAACAAAUAUUUUCGAGAUUUGCAUUUAAAAUAGAAAGAAAAAUAAAAGUAACUUCGAAUCCAUAUAUUGUUGCGUUUUUUUAUCUCGAGCCUCUAUCUUUUUUUUUCUUCCUCUCUUGAGACAAAAAAUGGAAAAAAAAUUUUCACUAAUGAAUAUUAAAAAAAAAAUUCCAAGAGAGAGAUAGAGAGAAAAAGUUAGAGACAAUAAUGAAAAAAAUUUAAUCUCUCUAUUUGAAAAAUUUUAUAAACGGAAAAAUUUCACUUUCGAGAAAAACAUUUUCUCGAGAGAAAAUCCAAAGACAAUUUCUCUCGAUUAAAAAAUAUUGGUAGAAAAAUUCGAAAGUGACAGAGAGAGAGAGAGAGAGAGAGAGAGAGAGAGGGAGAAAGAGAUUUUGAAAUUAUCUCGAGAUUAUUAUAGUUAAAAAAAAAACAGAAAAUAAUAUUUGACAUUCGUGUUCUUGUAAACAACGACUGUAAUUUCGAAACUUCAAGUAAAAAAAAGCACAAGUGUCAAAAAAAGCUUUCGGAGCUUUUAUAAAAGUUUCCCGGUAGCAUUUUCUAAUAAUAAUGUUUAUAUAUAAAUAUAUAUAUAUAUAGAAAAAAAAUUAAUAAUAAAAUUAAAAAACAAAAAAAUACUCGAUCGAAUGUAACGAUCUUCCAUUAUUGUGCAGUCGCUUAUGUAAAUAGUAAAUUAUCCUUUAGGGUUUUUCUUUUGCACUUUAAAAAUUAUGGAAGUAUUGAUUACGUGGUGAGAAAAAAAAAUUGAAAAAUAAAUUAAAAAGAAAGAAAGAAAGAAAAUUUAGAGCGAGUGUGUUAAAAGAGUAAAAAGAAUAAAAGAGAGUGAAAGAGAGAAAGAGAGAGAGAGAGAGAUAGACAGAAAAAAACCGGGCGUUGUCCAUCGACAGAUUUGUACAUUUUUGUAGAUAUUCGGUGCGAUUUAUAUUCUCGCAAGCACUCGAUAAAUUGUGUUUUUUAAAUAAGCAAAAAAAAAGAUCUAAAAUUAUUUUUUUUUUUUUGCUCUCCCUUUUAAGGAAAAAAAAAUUGAAUUUUUUUUAUCUCCUUUCUAUAAAAAAAAAAAAAGAAAUUCAAUUUUUGACACUAGAAUAAAAAAAAAAUCAAACAUCUAUGUAAAUCAAAGAAAAAUUCAAUUUUUUUCAUUAACUAAAAAAUUUGAUUUUUCCAUCCUUCUAAAUAAGAAUUUCAAUUUUUUUCAACCAUAAUAGAAAUCAAUUUUUUUUGCCACUUUCCAGAAAAAAAAAAGUUUAAAAUUAUUCCUUAUUUCUAAAAAAAAGAAUUCAAAUUUUUACCUUCUUUCCCUUCUAAUGGAAAAAAUUCAAUUUUUUUUUUAAUCACAGUAUUUUUGUAUAUAAAGAAAAUAAAAAUAGGAAUAAAAAAAAUUAAAUUCUCAAUUUUCGAGUGACUCAUGAAGCAAAAAAAAUAA